UAGAUUCGCGUCGCCAAACACCGGUCCCGCACGCGACGCACCACACCACGAACGACGAACCCCCACCGCUUUUCUGCCGAGCACGGAACCCCCAAAACCCCUAAAUUCCCCACCCCGAUCGCCUCCCCUGCCGCCGAUCUCGCCGGAACCCCAGCAGGUCUCUCCGCCGGCCGCGAUGGAUUCCGAUGAUGAUCUGCGGGUCGCCAGCGACUCGGAGCUGGUCGACGGCGCGGACUACCACUACUGCAGCGACGGGGAGAGCAACGGCGGCAGGAGCGACGACGACGGGUUCGACGUUGGCGGCGACGCCUACGAGGUCGGCGACGAGGUCGUCGCGAUGCGCGAGAAGAGAUACAUUGUCUUAACUGAAAAUGAUAUACGUGAGCGGCAAGAGGAAGGCAUAAACCGGGUAUCAUCAAUAUUUUCAAUUCCAAGAGAAUCAGCACGCAUCCUCCUUCGACAAUACAAAUGGAAUGUUAGCAAAUUGAGUGAUGAGUGGUUCACAGAUGAAGACCAUGUCCGUCGUUUUGUUGGCUUACCCACAGAUGGGGUUAUUCUUCCUGACUGUCAGAAGCUAACUUGUGGAAUAUGUUUUGAAGGAUAUUCCACUAGUGCACUUAGUUCUGCUAGUUGCGUUCACUUCUACUGCAAUGAAUGCUGGGAAGGGUAUAUUAGUGCUUCAAUAAAUGAUGGUCCAGGAUGUUUGGCAUUGCGAUGCCCUGAGCCAUCUUGUAGUGCCAUGGUUCUUGAAGAGACCAUCAAUAGAUUGGCUAAAGAUGAGGAUAAAGUAAAGUACAAAAAGUUUGUUUUACGCUCAUACAUUGAAGAUAACAAGAAGAUGAAAUGGUGUCCAGCUCCUGAUUGCACCCGUGCAGUGGAGUUUCUUGGUGAUUUGAACUACGAUGUCUCAUGCAUGUGCAAAUUCAACUUCUGCUGGAACUGUACAGAGGAAACUCAUCGACCAGUUAGCUGUGAGACUGUCUCAAAGUGGAUAUUAAAGAACAGCUCAGAAUCCGAGAACAUGAAUUGGAUAAUAGCUAAUUCAAAGCCCUGUCCUAAGUGCAAACGACCAAUAGAGAAGAACCAGGGGUGCAUGCAUAUGACAUGCACUCCUCCUUGUAAAUUUCAGUUUUGCUGGUUAUGUCUAGGUGCAUGGUCAGAACACGGAAUUCGGACUGGUGGCGGCUAUUAUGCUUGCAAUCGCUUCGAAUCAGCAAAGGAAAAAGGCAUAUAUGAUGAGGCGGAAGCAAGGAGAGAACGGGCCAAGAACUCACUUGUCAGAUACAUGCAUUAUUAUGAGCGCUGGGCAUCCAAUCAAACGUCGAGGCAGAAGGCACAGGCAGAUCUCCAAAAGGCAGCAAGUGAAAAUCUUGCAAAGUUAAGUGACGUUUUUGGAAUACCAGAGACCCAACUGAAGUUCAUACCUGAAGCUUGGUCACAGAUCAUAGAAUGCAGACGAGUGCUGAAAUGGACAUAUGCUUAUGGGUAUUAUCUCGAUGAUAAAGCCAAGAGUGAAUUUUUUGUGUACCUCCAAGGUGAAGCCGAGUCUGGUUUGGAGCGUCUCCAUAAAUGUGCCGAGAAGGAUAUUCAUGCAUUUUUACCUAAAGCUGGUAAAACCGAACCUGCUCCUUCAUUGGAAGACUUCAGUAAGUUUCGUGUGAAACUUGCUGGUCUAACAAGUGUAACCCGCAACUACUUCGAGAACCUUGUUCGAGCACUGGAAGCAGGGUUAGAGGAUGUGCAUGGUAUGGGCCAGUCGACUUCACAGUCAACUUCGAACAAUACCACCGGCACCAGCUACAAGAAACUAGUGACCACAGGCAAGUCGGGCAGGAAUAAGGCGGCAAGAUUAUCCUAAGGUGGCGGCAAGCCCUGCCGCACAUUUGUGGACUGCAGCUUCGCAGACAUCUAUGAUGCUCGGUGUAGCGAUAGGACUGGUAGAGGGGGCAAUAUAGAGGCUCCUCACCAGAAUUUGCAUUGUGAGCCCGGACGCUUGUUCGGCCCAGGCAUUCUUGUGCCAUGGACGUAGACAUAUGCAGAGCUCCCAGAGGAUGCGCCAGUGUACAGUCAGCGAAGGAUUGCAUGUGUGCGUGCUCUGAGGAGAUGUGCUUUGCCAGAAAUGUGCAACUCGGAAACGAGAUGCACGCAAGUAGGGAACACAACUACACAAGUGGGAUUUUUAAAAAAAAAAUCUAUACGUUGUCUAAUGGAACAAUAUUUCUACGUCCAAUCAGUGUGCUAGCUGAAAUAAUAGAAGGUGCAUAUUACAAUUGAAUUUUGCAUUACAAAAUCCAAUAUAAUGUGUUACGGGAUCUCAGUUCUCACA